AUUGCGCCCACGGGGCGGAGCGCCCCUUGCAGGCCGGUAUAAGACAAGUCGCCGUCCCUUCUUCGCGGCCGUAUUAAGUUCAGUCCAUUUCACUUCAAGAGGCUACAAUCACGACUCGCUCUGACCAGGAUGUCUGCAGCCGAUCGCACCGUACUUGUGCUUGGGGGAGCCGGCACUGUUGGCUCGGCGAUAGUCAAAGUUCUGCUGGAAAAAGGCUUCCGGGUGGCAGUUAUAUCCCGAGAUGCAGCCCGGCUGGAAAAACUGAAAAACUUUGUCCCAGCUGCUACCAGAUCUAGGCUUUUUACAUUGGUUGGAGAUGUCGGUUCUGAAGAUGGUGCAGAAGCAGCUAAAAAUGCACUACUUCAAGCUGUUGGAAAAGUGACAGAUAUUGUGUCAUCCCUGGGAUUCAGCUGGUGGCAGGGUGGUCCUCCUCACACUCAAACACUCGAGGAACUGACUAGGGUUCUGAACACUCUGGUGCUAAGCACAUUCACAUCCUGGAAGGCGUUCUUCCCUUUGGUUAAAAAUGACCACAAUGGAUCAUAUACAUUUAUAACUGGUGGUGCAGGGGAGCGUCUGCUGAUGCCUGGGACUGGUUUCUUGACUCUGGGAGCUGCAGGAGCCCUGGCAUUCUGUCAGGUUGUCAGAGAGGAGUACCCUGAUGUCCCAUGCAAACUGAAUGAGGUGAAACUUAACAUGGGUGUUGCAACCCCAGACCGGAUUGCUCCUGGUUUUGUGAAUCAUUUGGAUGUGGGUGAAGCAAUAGCCACUGUUUUGGAGAAGAAUUCUGUUUCACAUCAUGUGUUCUGUGUGAAUACCCCAGCUGACCUCAAAACCCUGAUUGUGGAAGGGAAAGUCUGAAAGUGAAGAUGCUCCAAGUUGGCAUGUCAAACCACCAAUCCAUUUGCAUGUAUGGUUUAUUUUAAAGUCCUAUAACACUACAGUAGUGUGCACUUUACUAUAGAACCAGUGAUGUGUCUAUCAGUGUGUGUGCCUGAUCUUAGCACCGAGAGCUAAAGCAAGUUAAGGUUCAUGUUUAUAUAGAUGAUUUGUUUCUUGUCACUAUAAGACAUUGAGAAAGCCAAUAAAAGCUUAACUUAGAGCACAAAACCAUCUGUUGUGUUUGACUAAAUAGCUUGUUGGACUAUAGCUCCACAUUUGCCAUCUGAGUAUUCAGGUCCCAAACUGGUAUAGGGUAGAAGGCUAAAGUCACAUUUCACAAUUUGUUUAGCUUUUCACUGUUAUUGUUACUACCAAUGCCUACCAAAGUUUCAGCAAUUUUAUUUACACAUCAAAUAAGUUCACUGAAGGAGGUAAAGCUGAGUCUGAAUUCUGCAAUGGCUGAACAACCUCUUUUGUUUUGUGUUCAAAUAUAGCAGGCAGUCAAGAUUAACAUGUAUUUUUGGCCUCAAGAAUCGGUAGUCGAAUGAAUGAAUGAUGAAGAUUAUUUUUCCCUCUUGUAAAUGAGCAGAUGGAGUAUUCACAAUUUGGAUCUAUGUUUCAAAUCCUGCCUUUCCAAAGUGGUCCAGGCUUGAAUCGUUCUGAGCCACACUUGAAUGAAUUAACUUUCACUGGAGUAUAGGAAUACAGUGUUCCUAGUGUUGCAUCGUAUGCACUUGCUGUCGGCAAACACCCAAUCCACAGUUAAACUGUGUUUCAUUUGUCCAGCACUUUUAAUGCUAACCAGAAAGAGAUUUGGACAAGUCAGUUUUGUUCAAUGUGUAAAUGAUAGCUGCCAAUUACCAAAGUAGCAGUUUGCGACAAUGUGCCAAUUGGCUCAUGUGAUAAGUUGAAAAGAGAUAUUGUGAUGCCAUUGAUUCAGAUGUGCAUCCUCUAACCUUGGAUCUUAUUCAGUACUUAAAUGUUUGUUGCACUUACCAGAAAACAUUGCCUAAAGAUAGAGGUCUAUGGGCAGCUUCCAUAACUAAUAUUGCCCUUGAAUAUUAAUUAAUAGUCUGGCCAGAAUGCUUGGGGAUCAUCUGAACUGCUUUUGAAUUAAUUGCCUUUUUCAUGAUACUCAGGAAAAUAAAAAAAAAUUAUGAACCAUUGAAUGAUCUAAACAAAAAUGGUUUCAUUUCUGCUAUUAAAAGAUUAAAAAAUGGGACUUGGCAAAAAAAGUUUGACCAAUCAUGUAGAUGUUGCAUAAAUGGAGUUUAAAAUAUGGUUCAAAUAGCUUCUUUUAGCCAAACUAAGUUUACAACAAACUAAAGGAAUCUUUGUGGAUGGUCCAAUAUUUAGCAUUGUUUUGUAAGCCUUAGUACCUGAAAAUUUUAAGCAAAAUCAAGGAAUCUAAUAUUGAUGUCAGUACAUAUAAAUGUCGGCCGAUUCUAAGGCUAUAUCUUAUCUGAAAAUGUUAGAUCUGAUCAACACUCUUUCAAAUGCAGUUUCAACCCAAAACAUAAAAAUAAUAAUGAACAUGCUUGUCAACAAAUCAGUUAAUAGUUACUUUGGGUCAGGAGUAAGAAAGAGAAAUCUAAUUUCAUUGUCGCAAAGAUGUAGUUUGGAUUAAUUUAACAAGGUUCAUCCUUGAAAGGCACAUCUUCCUUUUCAGCAUGUCGUAGUCUCAGUAGCAAAGUAAGUUGCUCGCUACUUUAGUUAACCUAUAGGACUUUGGCCAUUUGCCAUUCUUAAUGUGAGUUGUGUUUAACCAACAUUACAUAUUCAUUGCAGCAGAUGAAUAAUUAGUCUAACUGUUGUCUGGUAACUUUUUAAAAUAAUGUUUCUCUGUAAAAUGUAGCUAAUGUUCAUCAUUAUUUGAUGUAAAUUGCUAUUUGUCAAUUCUGUUGCAUGUUUUAAUAAAUAUAAUUUAUAAAGA